CACGUUACUACUGCUGACAUUUUAAUAUCGAUUUAACAGUUAAACUCAUUUCGUUGCUGUUAGUUGGCAUAAAAAUUUAUCUCUUGCUGAACUUUUUUGGAAAUACUCAAAAGCGCGCAAAAUGGAAUACACCUUUAAGAAAGAGCGGCGCACAUUUGGCUCCCAUACACAAUUUAAGGACAAAGAUGAAGUAAUCUUUUCCGAAAAUUCUUCACAGGAGCAUGCGAAGAACUAUAUACUCAAGAAUCCUGUGGAUCGCGCAACACAAUUUACCCGUCAAAUGGCGCUGAGUCAAGCCAACACCGAACGCGCUACAUACAAACAUGUGGGCAUCACACAUAACGAAGGUGGAUGGCCCAAAGAUAUUGCUAUGUCCGAUCCGGAACAAACAGUGCGUUAUAAGCGCAAAAUUGAGAAGGAUGAAAAUUAUAUAACACAAGUAAUGAAUCUCACUAAGCCAAUGGAACAUUAUAUACACCAAAAUAAUGCAGUGAAUAUUUAUGAAAACUAUUUUGAGCAUCUAGAUCCGGCGCCAUUGCCCGAACCGUGCCGUUCACGUACCGUUAAUGUGUAUCGUGAUCCCAAUCUCAUUAAAGUGCCUGUCACGCACCUUUCAUGGUCGCCGGAUGGCGCUAUUAAAAUGGCUGUUAGUCAUUGUGAUAUGAAAUUUCAAGGUGAUAAAACUGGUCAACGCAGUAAUUCAUAUAUUUGGGAAAUUGAAAAUCCCAAUGAACCUUUUCUCACUCUCGAACCCAAAGUACCGUGUGUAUGUUUGGAAUAUAAUCAGAAGGAUCCGACAAGUUUGGUUAGUGGCAUGUACAAUGGCCAGGUGGCUGCUUGGGAUACACGACAUGGCAAAUAUCCGGUAAUGAUAAGCGAACGUGAGAUAUGCCAUCGUGAUCCGGUUAAUUCAGUGCUAUGGAACAAUUCAAAGAGUGGCACAGAAUUCUUUUCCGGUGGCUCAGAUGGGCAAGUGUUGUGGUGGGAUACACGAAAAUUGAGUGAACCGUUGGAUAAACUACUAAUGGAUCCUGUGCGUACUGACGAACAAGAUUUGGGUCGUUCGUUUGGUGUUUCGGUAUUGGAGUACGAAACAACUAUACCAACGCGUUUUAUGGCUGGCACAGAAAUGGGUAUGCUUUUCUCGUGCAAUCGUAAAGGCAAAACUCCCAUGGAGAAGAUACAGAUUAGGAUGAUGUGCCAUUUGGGUCCAGUAUAUGCCAUAACUCGUAAUCCUGCAUUUGUAAAGAAUUUCCUAACUGUAGGUGAUUGGUGUGCGCGCAUAUGGUCUGAAGAUUGUCGCGAGAGCUCUAUUAUUUGGACUAAAAACAGCGAUGCUAUGUUGACCGAUGGUGCUUGGAGUUACACAAAGGUAUCCCAAUUCUUUAUAACUCGUAUGGAUGGCGUGCUCGAUACAUGGGACCUGUUGCAACAACAAAAUCAACCAGUGCUGACGGUUAAAGUAUGCGAUGAACCACUGCAUUGUGUGCGUACUAAUGAAAAUGGAAAAUUCGUUAGCUGCGGCAGUAAACUGGGUGCCACUUUUCUCAUUGAGGUGUCGGAUAAUAUGGUAAUGUCGGCGAAGAAUGACAAACCAUUGCUAACAGCGAUGUUCGAGCGUGAAAAUCGACGCGAAAAAAUUUUGGAAGCCAAAUCGAGAGAGAUUAAGCUGAAAGUAAAGACUAAUCAAGGCCAGGAUCAAGGUGAUCUAACCAUGCUCAAUGGUCGUGUAAAUGUUGCUCCAUUUAAAGAUGCUUGCGAACAAGCGGCAGCUGAGUAUUUUGCAGCCGUAGAACAGGAACGUUUACGACGUAUUCCUGGCAACAAGCAGGAUGCGGAGGAAGCUGAAGCGUCUGAAAUAGAUAGUGCGAGGACAUAA